GGGAACAUUACUGACAUAUAGUGGAGGAAGGAGACCAAAGUGGAAUCAAAUUGAAAAGAACAGCCAUGACUAGCAAUGGCAAUGGUUCAACUGACAGAGGGGAAAAUUAACCGUUCUGGACUGGAUCAUUCGAGGAUGCUUGAAGGUGCAGAAUCAGCCUCUGGGUUAUAAUGCUGUGAAGGCCCCGCACACAGCCAAACCAAAGCCAGUGAGCUUUAGCACAGGGUGGAGGCUGUGAAAGGAUUUAAACGAGUGAAAAAAAAAACCAUGAGGACAUCCAGGAAAGGAAGCGUGGACAUGCCUGCUUUUGUACGGCAACUGGUGAAGGAGACUGAGAAAAGGGUCUCCUCCUUUUUCAAAGGGGGGCGAGGGGGAGGCACAGGCGAGCUGACCGGUGGCGAGGAGGGGGGAGAGGAGGAAGGGGUCAUCCCCAGCCCAUACCUGGAUCGACCAGUUCUGGACAAGCACAUGCAGGAGGGAUGUGCCUCCUGGGGACUUACCUAUGCCUUGGCCAGCAUGCAAGGUUGGAGGGCCCACAUGGAAGAUUUCCAUAACUGCUUCCCUCAGCUGGGUGGAGAACUGUCCCAUUGGGGGUUCUUUGCUGUGUACGAUGGGCACGCAGGCAGCACGGUGGCCCAGCACAGCUCUCUGAACCUGCUGGACCACAUUCUGGGCACAGGCAAGAUCCGAGCAGAGGAGGAUGUGGAAAGGGUCACUGAGGGCAUCAAGGAGGGCUUCUUUCUCAUGGAUAAGCACCUUCAUGCCAUGGCCUGCCGUGAUGGUUGGGUGCGAGGAGGCACCACUGUAGUAGCCACAGCCAUCACCCCACACCACAUCUACUUUGUGAACUGCGGGGACUCGCGGGCCGUUUUGUGCCGUGCGGGUCGGGUGGCCUUCUCAACGGAGGACCACAAGCCCUUCAGACCUGGUGAGAGAGAGAGGAUAGAGAGUGCAGGAGGAUCGGUCACUUUACAACGUGUAAAUGGCUCACUGGCUGUCUCCCGGGCAUUGGGAGACUUCAGUUACAAGACAGCCGAGUGGCAGCCCAUCACGGAACAGAUGAUAUCGCCCGAGCCGGAAGUAUCAGCCGUGGAGCGCUCGUCUACUGAUGAGUUUUUGGUUCUGGCCUGUGACGGUGUGUGGGAUACUGUCAGUAAUGAAGAGCUCUGUGCCUUCAUACACAGCCGACUGCGUGUCUGCACAGACCUGAGAGAGGUCUGCUCCCAGGUCAUUGACCUUUGCCUCUAUAAGGGGAGUCUUGAUAACAUCAGCAUCAUUCUGGUCUGUUUCCCUGCUGCCCCCCAGCUAUCACCAGAAGCACUGCAUCAGGAGGCUGAGCUGGAGGAUUUUCUGCAGUCCAAAGUAGCUGAUAUAUUUGAAGAGCUGAGCGCGAGAGGUGAUGAGCCUGAUCUGUUGUCAGUUCUGACAGUUCUUGCUUCUAAGGUGAUUCCUGGACUACCACCAGGGGGCGGCCUUCAGAGCAAGCGGAACUGUAUCAUUUCUGCCUACUAUCAGCACAAAGAGGCACGGCGAUUGAGAUUAGCCCAGGAGCUUGGUUCUAUGGAUGCCAACUAGAGUCCAUCUCUUAAAGAUCCUUCAUGGAGAUGAGUCUAAAGUGACCCUAUAUAUUAGAUUGUGGAAGAAAUAAAAAUGAUCACCUUUAUUUUAACUCAUAAAUUGAAAAAAUCCAAAUUUUAAGCAAACAUGAAGACAUUUUACGUUAGUCUUUUUUAUUAUUCCUGAAUAAUGAAACUUACAGUACAACAAGCAAUGCUAUACCACUAUCCAGGACAAUAAUGACUGUAUAUAACUAUUAGACUUUGACUCUUUAGAUUGUGAUAUGUUCCGUAUUUACCUUAUCAAAUGUAUUUGCCAAUACUCAGGUAAUGUGUUUAACUAAUGAAAACACACAUUUGAGAAUCUUUUCAGUCUUUGCAUAAAACAGGAUAUAUGGGUUUACAUUUUUAAAUCGAUAUCAAAAGCAAUUUAGUUAUUUCAAGCAUGUUAGCUAUGUAUUAAGAUUUCAAGAGUCAAAUAGACUGCAAAAUAAAUCUCUAAGAUGCCAAUUCUAUUAAAUACAAGCACUUUUCCUUUUUGAACUAUACAGGCUCAUAAUAUGGUGACAGAUUGCAACUUUUCCGGUUCUUGAAUUGUUGUUUACUGUAAUAUGCUCUACUCUGUUUGCAUGAUCUGUAGUGUGUUGCCUUACUUUUUGAGAUUAUGCCAAUCUAUUAACAGAAUUAAUAUUAAGAUAUUUCCUAAUUACUAUCAAAUUAACUGAUGCAUUGCUGUAUCACAUUGUGUAAUGAUGUUUGUGCAAAUUAUACAGAUCUUGUAGUGGCAAUAUUUGUGCUAACAUAUGGUUAAAGUUUGAGUAAUAAAGAUAAUAAUA